AUGUGGGGUGCCGCAGGGUUAUGUUGCUCUGUGAGACAGGUCCUUCUCGACUGCGCUCACCGCCACCACGCCGCCAUGAACUUCCUCGUGGUGGACCCCAUCCCGGAAGCGCCGUCGCUGCCGCCGGCGCCGGCGGCGCUGGAGGCGGCCGCCAGCGACCUGGAGGCGGCCGUGCUGGCGGCGAUGCGAGCGGGCGACGCGCGGGGCUUCGCGCGGCCCUACGACCGCGCCACCGCCCCGUCACCGCGCGCGGCGGCGGCGGCGCGGCGCGGCGGCCGGUCCUGGGCAGCGCGGCGCACCGCCCUGCACCACGCGGUGGUGCCGCGGCGCGAGGACUGCCUGGAGCGCGCGCGCGCCUGCGUGCUGAUGCUGCUGGGGCAGGCGCGCCCGGAGGAGUGGGCGUCGGCCGGGCGCGACCCCGACGGCGGCGACUGGGGCAGCUGCAUCUACGGCCACGGCGGCGGCGGCGGCGGGGGCGGCACGGCGCUGGUGGACGUGGACGCCGCAGACACCUACCAGUGCACGGCGCUGCACUACGCCGCGCGCUACGCCGACGAACGCAUGGUGCUCACGCUGCUGCGCUGCGGCGCCUUCAUGGGCGUGCGCGACCGCUUCGGCCACACGGCGCUCAAGGACAUCAACGCCAGCACGCUCGAGACGCACCUCGACGAGUGCCUCAGGUCGAAGAAUGCCAAAUCGCCACAAGAGUACAUGUACAGCAUGAUCUUCACAUACACCUUUCUUCCGACUUCUCCUGCUCAUAUAUCGGAGCAAUGCAGAAAGGCCGGUAUUGGAGAUCCCGAAUCUUGCACAUCGUCGCUGAAGACUUGCGUGUACACGUCGGAGAUGCAUGUGCUGGAGGAACUCAGUCACAUGAGAUGCACGAGGCAUCUCUUGAAGCAUCCGGUGGUCACACUCUUCCUCAACAUGAAGUGGCACAAGAUCAAGUACAUAUUUUACUGCAACAUCCUCACUUACACGAUAUUCCUCAUUUCUCUCAACUACUACAUCAUCAUGAGGCCCAGCGUUGGAUGCAACAAGUUCAAUAAAACCGAUCCUUGGAGAGCAAUUUUUAAAACAGUAAUCAUGAUGGCCGGAGAAUUUGAUGCGGUUGACCUUCCUUUGUCCACAUUUCCUGUGACAAGUCACAUUAUCUUCAUCGUCUUCGUGUUCCUCAUUUCCAUCGUACUUUUAAAUCUUCUCAACGGCCUUGCAGUUAGCGACACCCAAGCGAUUAAAGAAGAAGCGGAAGUUUUCAGUCUGGUCGCCCGGGUGCGCACAAUCUCUCAAAUUGAAAACUCUCUCCUGCACCUUCGCAACUCCACUCUGCUAAAGACGUUCCUCAAACUGAAGUGCAUCAGGCACGUUUACCACCGCAUUUUCAUCUUCCCGUUCUUCUACAACAGCAAGGAGAUCCGCGUCUACCCCAACUGGAAGGAGAACAACGUGGUGAUCAGCCGGCCGGACGACAGCAACGAGUACUUCCACAUGUGCAACUGGAGCUUCAAGCGGUCCGUGGACGGGGCCAUCAAGGUGGUGAUCAACCGGCGGAAGGGCGCCGGGGCGCUGUGCGUCAAGAUGACGCGCCUGCGCAACGAGCUCCGGGCCAGCAUGGAGGCCAUGGAGCGCCGCCUGCUCGGCGCCAUGGACGGCAAGGCCCGGCGCGGCACCAGGCUCUCGCGGAGGAGCUGCGCCUCCUACAAGUCAGUCGCCCAAUUACAGUACGGAUACAAUUUCAACUCACAUUCCAAGACUCUCGGGUAUAUUGGAUUUGGCAUCCAAAUUUCAGUCUCAGAUAUUGAGAUACUCAACUAUUUGGAAUGCGAGUUCCAGCAAUUGUGCCCCGUUCAGAUGCCCGCAGCCCUUGCACGUAAGCAGAUAGGCCCCGUUUUAGCCCCGCGGCCCCAGCAGCAUCCCGAGCACGGGGCUUCCGAAGCGGGAUGUGGGGCGGGCGCCGGCGGCGGCGGCGGCGGCGGCGGCGCGGGGCCCGGGCGGAUGUUUAAGUUAUGGCGGUUAAUUGCGGUGGGGAUAUUAGAGAAGGACGACGAGAAAAAUGUGUCUAAAGAGGACAACAAGAAGAACAACGAGAAGGAAGAGGAGGAAAAGGUGGAGGGGGAGAACGAUGAUCAGGAGUUGGAGAAGGAAAUACAGAUUAUGAAGGAGUUAAAGGUGGUGGAGAUGGAAGAAGUGGAGAUGUAA